CCGGUCCAGGGCGAGAUGGCGCGGGAGAGGCGGGAGAUACGGCGGAUAGAGAGCGCGGCGGCGCGGCAGGUCACCUUCUCCAAGCGGAGGCGCGGGCUCUUCAAGAAGGCCGAGGAGCUCGGCGUGCUCUGCGACGCCGACGUCGCGCUCGUCGUCUUCUCCUCCACCGGCAAACUCUCCCAGUUCGCAAGCUCCAGUAUGGACGAGAUCAUUGACAAGUACAGUACUCAUUCAAAGAACCUGGGGAAAUCACAAGAGAAGCCUGCACUUGAUUUGAAUGUAGAGCACAGCAAGUAUAACAGUUUGAAUGAACAACUCGCUGAAGCAAGUCUUCACCUUAGACACAUGAGAGGUGAGGAACUUGGGGGAAUGAGUGUUGGGGAACUGCAGCAGAUGGAAAAGGAUCUUGAAACAGGACUGCAGAGGGUGCUUAGUACAAAGGACCAACAAUUCAUGCAACAGAUCAGUGACCUCCAACAAAAGGGCACACAGCUGGCAGAAGAGAACAUGCGCUUGAGAAACCAAAUGCCUCAGGUGCCCACGGCCGGCAUGAUGGCUGUUGCCGAUACUGAAAAUGUUGUCACUGAAGAUGUUCUUUCAUCUGAAUCUGUUAUGACGGCAGUACAUUCCGGAAGCUCGCAGGACAAUGACGACGGUUCUGAUAUAUCCCUGAAACUAGCGUUGCCUUGGAAGUAAGGAUCAUGAGAAGACCACAAUGAUGAGACGAGAGAGUUGCCUUGGUAGAGAGGAUUGCUCAUGCUAUGGAGACUACAAGCUAGACUGACUGGAAUAGUCCCAUAGUAGAAACCAGAUCAGUUUACCCGAAUUGUCAUCGUUAUGUCUGCAUGUGUAUGGUGCAGUUGUUCACCUUUGCUUGGGUCUUCACUGAACUUGUAGCGUAGUUGUGUGUACGUACUGCUUCUUCGCACCUGCGUCACCUAUCAUUUGUGCGAACUAUGUGCCUGUGCCCUAUGGCUAUAUGUGCUUAUAUUUAUGAAAAGCUUAUUGGCGCA